AUGGAUACGUUGGUGGAAAGUGAUUCAUACGCGGAUAUUGUUACGUCAUCGAUUAUAGCUGAUAACCCAGUGUUGGUGAAAACGGCCAGGGCUAAAAUGGACUACAAUGGUACGCAGGUAGAGGUUCGAAUCUUCAUUGACGAGGGUUCAAUGUUAAGUUACAUGCGUCAGGAUGUCGCGUUAUUUGUUGUGGAUGAGCCAUUUGUUGUGGAUGUGCUGAUCGGUGCUGACAAUUCUUGGCAGUUUAUGAACGGAGAGACCAUUGAUGGCAAUGGCCCAACAGUGUAUAAGUCAAAUCUCGGUGCAUUGUUGUUAGGACCAGUUCAUAAGGAUAGGCCGAUUGUGGCAGCUGAUAUCAGACCCAUAAUGUGUUUCUGCGGAACUCAACCGGGAGAUGUGGACCUUUGUGGAGCGUUGUCCAACACGGAUUUAGACAAUCGGUUGUUGACAUAUUUUCGGUGUAGUGAAGUGGGUGUCAAUGACGUCACUGAUGACGUAGGUGGCGUAGAUGAGAACUUUAAGGCAGCAUAUAGUGAAAAGAUCGAAUUUCAGGAUGGGAAAUACUCGGUGCCUCUACCGUGGAAAGAGGACCAUGGGGAAUUGCCAUCCAAUCUACGAUUGUGCAGACGUCGUUUGGAUCAGAUUGUUGAACGUUUGCAGAAAACAGGGUUAAUGAACGCUUAUUGCAAGGUCAUAAAAGAACACAUGGAUAAAUGCUACGUAGAGGAAGUCAAGGGUAAUCCCUGGGACGAAGAACAUUCACAUUACAUGCCACAUUUUUUUGUGCUCAAAAACUCGGAAACCACGCCUGUUCGCAUUGUAAUGCUGUGUCACUAG